GCAGAUUUCGCGCCGGUUGGUAGUGAUCGUGAUGAGCCAGCAUUAGAAUUAAAGUUUAUAUCAUUCUAUGUCUAUGUUGUUUGAUAACGUUAUUAAAUGUGCUUCAAUAUGAAUUAUAUUAAAUUAUUUAAAAAUGCACAGCCCUUACAAUUAAUCAAUGGAGUAAUUAUUAGGAAUUAUGCCAAAAAUGAUGGAUCAAGUGUCAGUAUGCUCGGAGGUGCCUUGAAGAAGAAAAAAUUGGGUAAACUGGGGGCUGCUGUAGAAAAAAGAAUAUUACCAGUUGAAACUGAUCCAAAAAAGUUAGUAGAAUAUGCUAUGGGAGUAAAUAUAUAUAAAACAGGAGAAGAGGUUAAAUUGAAACCCGACAGUGAAUACCCAGAUUGGUUGUGGAAUUUAAGAACAGGACCUCCUCCACCUUUAGAAGAGAUGGACCCCAAUUCGAAACAGUAUUGGAGAAGAAUUAGAAAAAUGGGAAUGAGAAGAAAUAACAAGUUGCAUUCUUUGAGGCAAUUUUAAUAGAAAAUUAGGAAAUUCAUUGAGAGCAGUAAAACGUUGCCACAUUAAGCUAUGCUUAUAAUCUUUAUUCCUUUACGGAGGUGUGUCUUGACGGAGAAAAUCAUGUAACAUGGUUAUAAUACCUGAAAUCAAUAAAAUACAAAAAUCAAGUACUUAUAACA